UGAACCCCUAAACCUGAUCAAUCUUGUCCAAAACCCUAAAAUUUCGUUCCUGUCGCCAUGGAUGUUGCUUCCCGAGCUCUGCAUCUCCAGUUUCCUCUGGGGACUCCAUCCUGUUUAUUGGGAACUUCUGGUGCUCUGGAAUUCUCUUGGCGUCCUUCUUCUCGCCCUGGUAAUCUUCACUUCCCGCUCUCCCGCCGGUGCCGAGCCAUCUCAUUGAAUUUAUUUAACCAUCUAGUUCCCAGUAGACACCGAGGUCAUCUAUUACAUGUAUCACAUCAUGCAAAGCAUACAUUAAGUGCAUCUGGACAUGAUGUGAUGGCAGCACCAAGUGAUUAUGCUGAGGAUUUGUCAUCAUCCUCUGUGAAGUCAGAUAAUACAGUUGUUUAUCAAAGCCCCUCCCAAGAUGUUGAGAUGACUGAGAAUGAUAGAGAUGAGGCUGAGUUAAUAGAUGAUCAUAAAAUGAUCAAGGUUUGUGACAAACUUAUUGAAGUAUUCAUGGUUGACAAGCCUACACCAACUGAUUGGAGAAGGUUAUUAGCGUUUAGCAAGGAAUGGAGUAACCUAAGACCUCAUUUUUAUAAGCGCUGCCAGGAAAGGGCAGAUGCCGAAAUUGAUCCUGGAAUGAAGCACAAACUUCUUCGACUUGGUAGGAAACUAAAGGAGAUAGAUGAUGAUGUCCAGAGACAUAAUGAACUACUUAAUGUGAUAAAAGAGGCCCCCUCUGAAAUAAAUGACAUAGUUGCCAAGCGGCGUAAGGAUUUCACAAAGGAAUUCUUUGUGCAUCUUCAUACUGUGGCAGAAUCAUAUUUUGACAACCCAGCUGAACAGAACGCAUUGGCAAAAUUAGGAAAUACCUGCUUAGCUGCUGUGCAAUCCUAUGAUGCUGCAUCAGAGAGCAUUGAGGCCAUAAAUGCCGCUGAGUUAAAGUUUCAAGAUAUCCUCAGUUCUCCUACCUUACAUGCAGCUUGCAAAAAGAUAGACGAUUUGGCUCAGAAAAAUCAACUCGAUUCUGCACUGAUGUUGUUGGUCACCAAAGCUUGGUCAGCUGCCAAAGAUUCAAACAUGAUGAAAGAGGAGGUAAAGGACAUAUUGUAUCAUUUAUACAAGACUUCAGUAGGAAAUCUGCAGAGAUUAGUGCCAAAAGAGAUCAGAAUAUUGAAAUAUCUCCUCACAAUUGAAGAUCCAGAGGAAAAGUUAAGUGCUCUCACAGAUGCAUUCACUCCAGGGGAUGAAUUGGAAGGCAAGGAUGUUGAUUGUUUAUACACUAGUACUCCAGAGCAAUUGCACACUUGGAUAAGGACAGUGGUAGAUGCAUACCAUUUCAGUAGAGAAGGUACACUUGUGAGGGAGGCCAGAGACUUGAUGAAUCCCAAUAUCAUUCAGAAACUUGAGGUAUUGAAGAAUCUAAUUGAGAAAAAAUUUAUGUAGAUUAUUAGUAAUUUAUUUUUACAUUGGUUCUAUAUUUUAAAUAGGUUUGAUCUUGUAAUGUAAAUUCAAUGAUUGUUAAUUUAAUUACAUUAAAUUGAUGGCUUUGUUAGCCUUUGUAUU